CGUCCUUGCCGCCUUGCAUGUUGGCCGCACCAGGUCACAGUGCCAAUGCUCCAGGGCUGCCAGGCUGCCAGGCUACGGAACACUCCAAUCGCGGGAGCCCCGAAUGGGCUAAGCGGCUGCCACUGCCGUCUUGGCAUAUGCACGAUGCCGCUGCGGUACUCGCCUUGGGGAGCAUCAAUUGAUGUCGCCGGCAAGAAUGUCUGUGCCAAGCAGCAGUCGGUGGUGUUUCAGACCCAGCCCGUCCUAGUGCGCUUCGUCGAGCACGUGAAUGUGAAACAACUUGAACGUCUCUCGUUCUUCACAACUUCUUCAUCAUUCUUAUUGUCGCCGCCCAACACCACCGAUCUCAGCCACGACCCCAACAACUCGAUGGCAAGCUGGCCUGAUCAUCGAACCCCGUCGCCGUCAUGAUGCUGUGCCAGAACAGACAAGAGGAUGUCUCAUUUCUUCAGGGAGCUUCGCCUGGCCUCCCAUCGCAGUGCUUCUUCGACACAGUGCUAGCGCCACUACCGACCUGGGUCCUCAUCGUCGCCCUGGCGGCAUUGGGGCUAAUUCGCACCAGAGUGCCGCCUACCGAGGUCCUACACUCCAAUGUUCGCAGACGCUGGGUGCGCAGCGGCACCGUAGGCCUCUACUACUUCUGCAUCUUCGCUAUCGCCCUAAUGGAGUCUAUCGAGAUUGGCCGCCUGGCUAAGGCAGACAUGGGCGUGGGCCUCCUGCCCUUCGUCUACGUCGCGUGCGCAUUGUGUGUGGUCAUGUGCGCCAUGGACUUCCGGAUCGCUGCUGCGCUUGGGUGGAACCGUGGCUGGUGGCAGGAAGGCGUGGCCUUGUUCGGUGCCAUUAGCGGCAUCGUCUCGACGAUGAAAACCAUAGCGGUCGAGGCGCUGGACGCGGGCCCGCGUUUAAACACGGCGUACCCAGUCAGCGACCAGUACACGGACCUUCUUGUACUGGCAGUGCUCUAUUUCGUCCUCUUACUGGUCGUGGUGGUCAUGAAGUACCUAGUCAGGCCUACACCCGCUGCCCCCGGGCCUGCGACUACGGUGAAGGCCUAAGGCAUCUGGCAGACAGGGGUGCCUUAGCCGUCACCACCCACGCCUAUUAAAUAUUCGCGAAGGCUAGUAUAAUGAUUAAUAUGACUGGCCUGUGGGAGCUGGAACUACUAGCUGCGCGCCCGCCGGCAUACUAGGCAUACUUAAGUAGCGAACCGUCGACCAUUUUUUCACAUAUAUUGGAAAUGCAGGCCCGCCCAAUUUUCUUCCG